AUGGAGGCCAUCCAGGCGUCGUUCCAGAAGGUGGAGAAGAUUGGGGAGGGCACCUAUGGCGUGGUGUACAAGGCUCGCAACAAGCGCACGGGGCAGCUGGUGGCCCUCAAGAAGAUCCGCCUGGACGCGGAGUCAGAGGGUGUCCCCAGCACUGCAAUCCGAGAAAUCUCACUGCUGAAGGAGCUGAAGCACCCUAACAUAGUCAGGCUCCUGGAUGUCAUACACAGCCAGAAGAAGCUCUAUAUGGUGUUUGAGUAUCUGAAUCAGGACCUGAAGAAGUACAUGGACUCAUGCCAAGCUGGAGAGCUUCCUUUAAGCUUGGUCAAGAACUACCUUUUCCAGCUGCUGCAGGGUGUGAGCUUCUGCCACUCGCACAGGGUCAUCCACAGGGACUUGAAGCCGCAGAACUUGCUCAUUAACGAAGCAGGAGCAAUCAAGCUGGCUGAUUUUGGACUGGCAAGAGCUUUUGGGGUCCCCCUACGCACGUACACUCAUGAGGUGGUGACUCUGUGGUACCGAGCCCCUGAGAUACUGCUGGGAUGCAGAUACUACUCAACCCCUGUGGAUAUCUGGAGCAUCGGCUGUAUCUUUGCAGAAAUGAUGACCAGGAAGGCCCUGUUUCCAGGGGACUCUGAGAUCGAUCAGCUCUUCCAGAUCUUUCGCACCCUGGGCACUCCCACUGAGGUGACCUGGCCUGGUGUGACCCAGCUCCCUGACUACAAGGGCAGCUUUCCCCGGUGGCCAAGGAAGGAGAUGAAGGACAUUGUUCCAAACUUAGAUCGAGAUGGGAGAGACUUACUGACGCAGUUGCUCCUGUAUGAUCCCAGCAAGCGCAUCUCAGCCAAAGCAGCCCUCAGCCACCAGUACUUCCUCUGCAGACACUCUGGGAGCCCUGAGCAGCGACCUGUGCUGCGGAGAGACUGCAGAUGA